AUGGAUAAUAUCACGAACCGUAAUGCUGCCAGUGUUCUUACGAGUGGUAACAAGGGUUUUACCAGCAAAAGUGUAGCGGCAUCCGCUCCGAAGCGGUCCAAGAGUGCUCGAAGGAAAACGUUCAAGUGCACCGGGUACGACGGAUGUGCGAUGUCCUUUACCAGAGCGGAGCAUCUUGCACGUCAUAUAAGAAAGCACACGGGAGAAAAGCCAUUCCAGUGUCCCGCGUGUUUGAAGUUCUUCAGUAGAGUCGAUAAUUUGAAGCAACACCGGGAGUCGGUCCACGCGCAUAGAAACCACCAUACGACGGGGCCACAUCAGCGUAAACCCUCGUCUUCGUCUCUGUCCUCCUCUUCUUCUGCAUCUUCGUCCUCAUCUGCGUCCUCUUCCACAUCGUAUACCGACCAAUUUUCCAGGAAAACCAACACUGUUGGCGCCAAUAUGCCGAUGAUGACAGAGAACGAAAGGGCGCCCCAAUUCAUACAUUCUUCGCCGGAGUUCACCGCUGGCACGAGGAGCAUCCCACCCAUCUCUCCAAGGUCCAAUUAUAUCGCUCAACAACAACAACAACACUUUGGCACUUCUACUUCGCAACAGCAGCCACAGCAGCCGCAGCAGCCGCCGUUCUAUUACCCGCCUUCCCAUGCACCUAUCGAUAACUACUACCAGUAUCCUCUCCCCAGCAACAGCACCACUGUCAACUACCUACCAUCAAUGGAGGUGCAGUAUCCGCUCAAUCUUAGCCCCACUGCGGCGGCCCCCCCGCCCUCAGAGGUACUGUUAUCGGCUUUUCCUCCGAGAUCUAUACCAAAUAUAACCUUCAAACAUAAUGAUUCGGCCGACUUCCAAACUCGGAAACUUAUGGACAACUACAACUUUAGACCGAAUAAUACUACUACUAAUAACACUAAUACUAAUUCAUUUUUUUCGCCAUACUCUACAUCAGUUUCCAGUACAGAAGUAAGACCGGUCAUUUUCCCUCAGCACCAACAAGCAUUCAGACAGCAGCCGAAUGACAAUAACAACACUAAUGAACACAACACCGCUAAUGACAACGGUAAGAUCAAGAGCUUCAAGAAUAAUGACGACAACAAUAACAGCAAUGACAACAAAAAGACACCGGUGACCCUAUCAGACUCUGAUCUCUUGAUCAAUACCAACAAGAAAAGGCUCAGUGUCGAUUACAUACUGACAUGA